UUGUUGUAAAUAUGAGUUGUUUUUCAGUGGAUGUGUGGAUUAUCAAUACUGAUGUUGAAAAUGGAAAGACAAAUUGAGGGAUUAAAACUUCCUCUGUCGCUCUGUUAACUGAUUAACUGGCGCAAAUCUGCUUCUGGAAUGCAAAAGCAGGAAGUGAUAUUUAGGUCAUAGUUGAAAGGUUUCAGAAUUGAGUUGUUAGGCUAGGCUAGCUCAGCCAGUACUUCUGUGUCAUUUUUGCAAAAGCGCUCAUUUUAAAAUGUCAUCUGAUGAAGAUACGACAAUGGAUCCCGAGCCUUGCAUUCUUAUAUCCAGCUGUGAUCCUGGAUUUAAGGAAGAAGAACUUAUUAAACAGAUUCUUGGCACAUCAACACUUCCUGAGCCCUCUAAGCAGGAAAACACAGUGAUUUGGUACCCCUGGACCAUCAGUAAUAAGUACUACACAGCCGGUGUGAGCCUGUGCGUAGUGCCAAGUACGUUUCAGAUGUGCUCAGAAGUUGCCCAGUCUAUGCAGGCUUUCAUUGUGUACUUCAACAGCACCGUAAAGGAUGGUCUGAGCAGUGUGUCUUCUUGGUUACCUAUAGUUGAGGACCUGGCUCCAGAGGUGCUCAUCUUGGCUUGUGACCAUGUCUGUGAUGAUGGAGUUGGCAGACAGGAGGCCCAGCAGUGGUGUCUAGCCCAUGCGUUUGAGCUGGUGGAGCUCAGUCCUCAGGACCUUCCCGAUGAAGAUGACGACUUCCCCGAGUCGACGGGGGUGAAAAGGAUCGUGCAGGCGCUCAACGCCAACGUGUGGGCCAGCGCUGAGAUGAAGGACGGAGAUCACAAUCAGGGCUUCGGUCUGAUGAGCAGCCUGGUGGCUGCCAGACAUAACAACCCCCGCCCCAGCCAGGAUACACAGUCGUCAGGCUCCCCUAUAGAGAUUGCAGAGGAGAGCCCAGCAGAGCAGAGGACAGUCAGGACUGAGGGUGACGGCGCCCCGCAGGGGGCAAACAUCAUGGAUCCGAUGACCGACAUGGACAUCCAGGAGCUGGCCACCCUCACAGCAGGGGACGCCGACGUGGAGAACUUUGAGCGUCUCUUCACCAAACUCAAAGAGAUGAAAGAUCGGACAGAUAAAGCAUCCUCACUACCGCACGAGCAGAGGAAAGUCCACGCAGAAAAGGUGGCCAAAGCGUUCUGGAUGGCGAUUGGUGGAGACCAGGACGAGAUUGACGGCCUGUCCUCGGGAGAAGAGAGCUAACUCCUGCCGCCAUGAUACCCACUUCCCUACUGCCCGGGUACAUACCCCCCCCCCCCCCUCUGCCCUCACCUCCCCAGCACAGGGGCAGCCCAGGGCCCGGCCCGGCCCAGGGGGGUGUUGAGAGUGGAGACUGGACUGAAGGCAGAGCUUUAGAGGGGGAGAAGAGGAGAGGAGAAAAAGGAGACAGUGGGCCUCAUCGUGACAUUUUAAAAGAAGACAUUUACUUAUCACUAAGCCCUCCAUUAACCCCGUCGCGCCCCUGAUUCUAAACGUGUCAAUUAUGCCGUGCAAGGUCCAGCUAGAGCUGUGAGCCUGUGAGAACUCCACGGAGGUGAGGGUAAGGGUGAGGGUGAGCCGCUGCCCAGUGCCACCAUAUCUGGCUUCCUGAAGAGGGCACAGAGUGCAGCUCAGAAUGAGUCUGGAGUCUCUUUCAAAUCAUGACAGACUCCAGACUCAAAUUGAGCAUCGCUGACUUUUUGGAGUGGUGUGUUUCUUGUCCCUAAGGUGUGUGUGUUACUGAAGUACGUUAAUCAGACAUUAUUCGGAAAGGGGUAGAACAUGACCUCUUGACCAUGUUGUAAUAAAAUAUAUUUGUCGAUCCAUAA